GGCACCGCCAUGCUCGGCGGGCAGCCCAGAGCCGGUUCCUCUUUUGCAGGAGCCCACCGAACUCGUUCCUCACCUGCUCCACGACCGGAGGAACCUGCUUUUCCCUGGCACGGGCAGAAAUCACCGUCGAGCCCCGGUUCAACCCGCAGCCCGCAAACCACGGCACCGCAGAGCGGGGCAAACACCUCCCGAGAUCCCGCUGCCUCGGCCGUGCCCGGAGCUCGACACUCCUGGCCCUUCUCCUCCUUCAACCCGGUCCAUUCCCCUCUGACACAACUCAUCAGCUGCCUCUGCCGCUGGACACCGAACUCCGCGUUCCUCUCCCUACAAGUCGGGCUUUAAGCGUCCCGGCAGCGGCACCGCGCAGCGCCCCGGGGCAGCCGCGGCGCUCCCCGCUCCGCCGGGCACCGGCACCGGGGACACCGCGGAGGUCACCCCCGGGCACAGCAGCCCCGCUCCGCUCCGCCACUCCGCCCGGGCCCGCGGGGAGCCGGCGGCAGCGCUCCCCGGCCCGGUGCGCAUCCCUCCCGCCGCCCGGAGCCCGCCGCCCGCCGGUGCCGCCCCGCAGCGCUCACCGGGCAUGAGCCGCCGCCGCCGCCGGAACCGCGGUGCCGCUGACAGCGGCGUCACAUCCGCCGGGGCGCGGGGCGGAAGGGGCGGCGCGGCGGGGGCGCGGGUCGUGCGCUCCGCCCGGUGCCGCUCGGUGCCCCCCGGUGCCGCCCGGUGCCGCUCCGCCGGCCCGGCCCAGCCCCGCAGCCGCCCCCAUGGCGCUGGAACAGGCGCAGGGCGACGGCCCCGAUCCGCCGCGCCUCUGCGAGCCCGGCCCCGCCGCGCUGCCCGGCAGCGGGAGCCCGCUCUCCGCCCCGGAGAGCCCCAGCGAGCCCGGGCCCGGCGGGGACGCGGAGCCCGCGGCCGCCCCCGGCUCCGGCGGCGAUGCGGAGCCCGGGCCCGGCGGCGCGGAGGCCGCGGGGCAGAGCGGAGCGGCGGCCGAGGAGCCCGACGAGGAGGCGGCCCCGGCCAGGCCGUCGCAGAACAUCGCGGUGCAGACCGACUUCAAGGCAGCUGAUGCAGACGUGAACACGGACCAGGACAUCGAGAAGAACCUGGACAAGAUGAUGUCCGAGAGGGCCUUGCUGAAGGAGCGGUACCAGGAGGUGUUGGACAAACAGAGGCAGGUGGAGAAUCAGCUGCAGGUCCAGCUUAAGCAGCUCCAGCAGCGGAGGGAAGAGGAGAUGAAAAACCACCAGGAGAUCCUGAAAGCCAUUCAGGAUGUUACGAUCAAACGAGAAGAGACUAAGAAAAAGAUGGAGAAAGAAAAGAAAGAAUUCCUGCAGAAAGAGCAGGAUCUCAAAGCUGAAAUUGAGAAGCUCUGUGAGAAAGGCAGAAGGUUGCUCAAGGAGCAGGAGGAGAAGGAAAACAAGAUUGCCUCUCUGAUUGCAGAGCAGUCUGAUGAGAAGCAGCUGUGGGAGAUGGAGCUGGACAAGCUGAAGAACCAGCACAAUGAAAUCAACAGGAACAUUCUUGAGGAGACAGAGCGGGCCUGGAAAGCAGAGAUCCUGUCCCUGGAGAGCCGGAAGGAGCUGCUGGUGUUGAAACUAGAAGAAGCAGAAAAAGAAGCAGAGCUACACCUCACCUACCUCAACUGUGCUUGCAGGUCUGCGCCGCCCACGCUGGAGACCAUGAGGCCAAAGCAGGAGUGGGAGAUGAGGCUGAACAGGAUACGUAUGACCAAGCAAAGCGUCCGGGAUCAGUUCAAUGACCACAUCCAGAUGGUGAGGAAUGGCACAAAGCUGAGCAGCCUCCCCCAGAUCCCGACACCGACGCUGCCUCCUCCACCUUCAGAAACAGAUUUCAUGCUGACGGCAUUCCAGCCCAACCCAUCCCUGACCCCCCGGCUGCCCUUCCCCAUCGGGCCCGUCCCCGUCCCCAUGGUCAUGCCCAGUGCCGAUCCCCGGGCUCUGUCCUUCCCUCUGCUGAACCCCGCCAUGUCCAGGCCCAACCAGCCCUCCCCACCCCUGCCUGCCUCCCAGGGCAGGAGCAGCCCGGUGGUGGCGUCGCUGCUGGGCACUCACAGCCCCCACAUGGCCCCCGCUGCCCCCAUCCCUCCUCCGCCUGGCCUGGGCGGCGCCCCCGAGUUCCCCCGGGCCCAGCCGGCCGACAAGCUGGAGAAGCUGCUGGAGAAGCUGCUCACUCGCUUCCCUCAGUGCAACAAGGCCCAGCUGACCAACAUCCUGCAGCAGAUCAAGACUGCCCGGAGGACCAUGGCCGGCCUGACCAUGGAGGAGCUGAACCAGCUGGUGGCAGCCAAGCUGGCAGAGCAGCAGGAGCGGGCAGCGGCCGGUGCUCAGCCUCUGGGCCGGAUCAGAGCCCCCAUGUUCUCUGCUCCCCUGCCUCAGAUCAGCACGCCCAUGUUCCUGCCCCCGGCCCAGGUCGCCUACCCAGGAACGGCGUCGCACACCCCAGCUGCCUGUAAGCUGUGUCUGAUGUGCCAGAAGCUCGUGCAGCCUGGUGACCUUCACCCCAUGGCCUGCUCACACGUGCUGCACAAGGAGUGCAUCAAAUUCUGGGCACAGACCAACACGAAUGACACUUGCCCCUUUUGCCCAAGCCUCAAAUGACGGCUGCUGGGACAACGUGGGCCCCUGGGAGGAGUUGCUGUGAAUAGACAGGAUCAGUUCUAAGAUUUCUACAGUUCUAUAUUUAUACGAUCAUGUAUACACAUGUACAUUUUUAUUAUAUAGGUAAUGUGUGUAUAGAAAGUCUGUAAACAUACAAAUUCAUAAAUAAAGUGUGUAUAUUAUGCAGUGA